CGCCUGGGUCAGACCGAGGCCGCCGCCUGCCCUCCUCCCGCCCCCCGCCCCGAGCCGGCCCGGCGGGAUGCGUCCCUCCUUCCUCCCGAAAGCCUUCCCUCCGUCUCGUUUCUGCGGGCCCUCUCUUCCCCAUCAUUAGUGGAUCCCACUCGGAACCCAGUGAAUUCUCAUUCAUUCGGCCCCGCCAACCAUAAGUCGAAGAUGGAAACCCACGAGCCCACAUCAUCCAAGGUACCAGAAGACAGCAUCGAUGAGGAAAAGGCCGACAGGACUCUUGGAGAAGAAGGAGCCAGUGGAGUCUCUGCAGCUUUACUGGAAGAGGCAGAAGAUGAAGGGGAGGGGACAAGCAUUAAUGACUGCAAUGCCCAGAUGGAAUGCCAGAAACCCCAAUGUGGCAAAAGGCCGGGAAAGAGACUCACCCCCCGUUACACAGCCCAGCCUGUGGUGCCCGCAGAGCGGGCAGAGCUGGUGUCAGUAGCCCAGGCCAUGCAUCGGGAGCAGUUUGGGGCCCGAGUUAACGAACUUUUCCGGUGGGAGAAAGAUGCAGCCCUCAAGGCCAUCCAGACAGGGCUCUACAUAGGCUGGCGUUGUCCUCACUACCUGUGGGAUUGCUUCCGAAUCGGGGAUGAGUCCAAGUGCUUUUGUGGACACCUGCUCAGGGAGCACCAGAUCCACUCAGACAUCUCGGUGCCGUGCACAGCGUCUCCCUGCCGCUGCCUCAUGUUCUGCUUCAUCCCAUCCCGCCCUGAGGAAGUGGGCGAGUUCUGGCUGCGGAAACGUGCUGGCUUUGACCCGGCAGCCUGGCGGGCUAUGUGCCGCUGCAAACACAGCCACGAGGAGCACAGUGCCACGAGGGCCCACCGUUGUCAACACCGAGGCUGCCGCUGCAACUUCUUCGAGUCCAGUUUUCUAUGUGCAGCUUGUGACCGGCGCUGGGAAGAGCAUGAUACCUUCUUUGAAACAGAGGAGAACCGGCGUCAUGGCGGCCGGCCCUAUGGAGCUGACUACCUGCCUUUUGUGGAGAUGCCCAAUCUGAGGAAUGCUGUUCUCACUGGCCAUGAGGGAGACAGCAGGGCCUAUAUGGCCCUACUGGGGCAGCUGCCCAACCACCACUCUGCUCCUCACAGCACCCCUUAGCCCUUACCCCUCAUCUCUCUCCACUCUCUUCAGCAGCUCUGCCUCUUUCCUUGCCAGGGACCCACAACACCACCACCACGCAAAGAAGGGUGGGAGGAAGAGGGAAUAAAGGAGUCACCGACUUGGCCCCAGCUAGACUGAUGGCGAUU